GGGAAGCCGGGCUGCCCGGAGGAGCUCGGUGGGAGUGGUGUGGCUCUGCUGCAGGGCAUCCUAGAAACCCGAGCUGCAGCGUACUUGGUCUGCAAGCUAUGUAACAAGAUUAGCAACAGAUGUGAAAGAUUAAGUAAACUUUUGAUUUAGAAUCGGCCAGUUACACAGACCUUGAAGCCGUUUUUCUGACUUUCUCUUCUAUGAAUGUUUUAAAAAUGACCACACCAAACAAGACACCGCCUGGUGCUGACCCUAAGCAGUUGGAAAGGACUGGCACAGUACGGGAAAUUGGGUCACAAGCUGUUUGGUCACUCUCAUCUUGCAAGCCAGGAUUUGGAGUGGAUCAAUUACGAGAUGACAAUCUAGAAACUUAUUGGCAAUCAGAUGGCUCCCAGCCUCAUUUAGUGAACAUCCAAUUCAGAAGAAAAACAACAGUGAAGACAUUAUGUAUUUAUGCGGAUUACAAAUCUGAUGAAAGCUAUACUCCAAGCAAGAUCUCAGUCAGAGUAGGAAAUAAUUUCCAUAACCUUCAAGAAAUUCGGCAACUUGAAUUGGUGGAACCAAGUGGCUGGAUUCAUGUUCCCUUAACUGAUAACCAUAAGAAGCCAACUCGCACAUUCAUGAUACAGAUUGCUGUUCUAGCCAAUCACCAAAACGGAAGAGACACCCACAUGAGACAAAUUAAAAUAUAUACACCAGUGGAAGAGAGCUCCAUUGGUAAAUUUCCUAGAUGUACAACUAUUGAUUUCAUGAUGUAUCGUUCAAUAAGGUGACCUGGAAACAGAAGUCAUUAAACAUAUCUUUGUUUUCUCUGGUCAGUAAAUAUAUCUGGUAUCUUUAUUGAAAAAUCCUCAGUUGUUUUACAAUUUUUGUAUGCUGUGAAAAGUAUUUUAUAUUAGCUUUAAAAAAUAAUAUUUGGGUCAUACUAUCUUUAUUUUCUUUAACAUAUAAUAACACUCACAUAUUUUAUAUUA